UGGAAAUUCCCUUCUCUCUGCCAUUUAAAACGCUGCGCUCUGAGGGCAAUGUGAGCCCAGCGGCGCCGAACCAAACACACUACCAGUUUGCAGACACCAUGAUGUAGUUUUGUUUGUUUGUUUGUUUCGAAGUGCACAGACAAGGGAAACAGAAGAGAGCAGGGGGUGUUUGCAUGUUUUUUAAAAUGGGAAAUCUGUUGGGAAGCUGGCGUUUCAAGGAGCCGAGCACCGUUGAGGAAUGCGACUCGACGUGGGGGUCGGACUCCGAGAGCGAGGAGCCGGCGACUGAAGAUGACAGCGGCAUCUCCGACUCCAGCGGCCCGGCGGAGAGCGACCGGGCCGCCGGAAUCCCCGAGGAUGGGUCCCCGCAGCUGACAGAAUCUCCAAAGUCCUUUCCAAAGAUGAAGAGGAGUUUCUACGCUGCCAGGGACCUCUACAAAUACCGUCAUAGCUACCCGAACUACAGAAAGUCCCGGCAACCCAACGAGUACCGCAACCUGCGCUUCUACCUGAACAAGAUCCCUCUAGUACCUGAUGGCAUCUACGUAGAGGAGAUUCUGACGAAGUGGAGAGGCGACUAUGACAAACUGGAGCACAAUCACACCUACAUUCAGUGGCUGUUCCCGUUAAGAGAACAAGGGCUCAACUUCUACGCACAUGAACUGACUCAGGACGAGAUCAAAGAAUUCCAAAGCACUCGGGAAGCCAAGCGGAGAUUUCUGGCAGCCUAUUCCCUCAUGUUGGACUUCUACGGCAUCAAACUGCUGGAUAAGAGCGGGAAUGUUACUCGGGCUCCCAACUGGCAGGAGCGCUUCCAACACCUCAAUGAGUCCCAGCACAACUACCUGCGGAUCACUCGCAUCCUGAAGUCCCUGGGCGAGCUGGGCUACGAGGCCUUCAAGGCCCAGCUGGUCCAUCUGUUCCUGGAGGAGUCGCUGCGCCACAACACGCUUCCCAACAUGCAGCACAGCGCCCUGGAGUACUACGUCUACACCAUCCGCCUGCCGGCCACUCGCCGGCGCCUCCUCCGCUACGCCCGCCAGCACUACAGGCCCGCCCACGCCUUCCUCUGGGGGCCGCAACCCAAAAAGCGAGGCGGUGGCGGUGGCGGUGCCGGGAGCAGCGGAAUCCAGGCGCCCGCUCCGACACCGGAGCAACAGCGGAGGGGGGAGGAGAGCACCGGUAUUGGCGGGAUCGUUGUGUCUUGCACGGACCUGGCCCGAGGUUCUAGCCUGGCCGGACUGGAGGGAGCGCUAGAGGAGCGAGCACAGUGAGAUCCAUCCUCUGUAGGGGGGUCCGGUUUCAAUUGAUAUUUGGUGCUGAAGGCAGAAAACAGAACGGGUGUUUCUAAAAGUAAUAGCUUCAAAUGUUAAGAAAAAAACCCCAUUUGUUCACACAAGAACGUUGAGUUGUGAAGCUUCUGGACGCCCACUCGAAGUCAAGAAGGCAGUAAUAUUAUAAAGUAUUUGUAGAAUCAAUUCAGGUUAAGGGCUUAUCGUUAACAACUAUGACGUUUUGUCUACGCAGGUAAAUCAGUUUGACUGGACUGAAUAUGGGGUGGAGGUCGGAGGUCAUGUCGUCGGCCAAGCUUCACUGGCCUUGGACCGAAUCCCCAUCUAAAUGCACAGAGACCCAGAUGUGUGGUGCAAGGCGUUUCCUCAUCUACGGCUGUGGUUACAAAACCACGUCGACGAUCUUCCUUAUUUGACAUUUCGGUCUGGAACUGAGAUGAAGUUAAACGCGGGGUCGCGAUGCUGACGGCCAUUUUAGAACCACGGGUCGCCGUUUGGCGCGAUGGCCAUGACGAUGGCAAAUAACAACACUUCGUAGUUCGUGGGAAUUUGAAUGUGAAAUGUGAAGACGAAAGAUCAGGGAGAACCCCGUCCCCAAAUCCUGUGAAAAGAACUUAACCCUUGUGUUGCCUUCGGGUCAAUUUGACCCGAUUCAAUGUUUCACCCUCCUGUUACCUUUAUAUUUACUAACAUAUUUUACCCUUGAGGUCAAUAUGACCCCAGCUAUUAAAAUCUCCAGAAAAUUAUUAGAAUUAAUAUUGUUUUCCAAGUUUAAGUGUGAGGUACUUUAUGUUUGUUUGUUGACUCCCGAAAGAACACCGACAUUAAACAUUGAAUCGGGUCAAAUUGACCCGAAGGAGACAGGAGGGUUACAUAUUGAAUCGGGUCAAAAUGACCCGAAGGCAACACAAGGGUUAAGGAACAUCGAGAAGUGAGAAAGGCAAUAUAUAAUCUUUAAACUUCUUCUCGAUGGACUUCUCACUUGGUUGUUGAUAGCAGGCACAACUCAAUAUUUAUCUGCUCUGCAACUUUACCGUCUACAAGAAACAGUUCUGAAUACAGAGAGGACUUUAGUGACGUCAUUACUCUGCUGUAAACUAUGACCGGCACCACGUAGUUUUUUCGUAAUCCUGCUGUCAAACAGACGAACAAGAUAAUAAGCGACCACGUGACAACACAAAAUCAUUCUCUGAAGCCAGACUUCAAAUUCAUUGAAGAGUUGGAGUUCCGUGCAUCCGCUAUGUCUCCCGAGCCUCAAGAAGAACAGCUGACCUCAGAUCUGUAAAAUAACUGCAGGCGUUUCGUCUUUAAAAAAAAAACCUGAAAUCGACAUUUUCUUCCAGCUUUGGCGUUGGAUUGGUAAAUGCUUCAGCACACGUAGUUCCAGAUGGUUCUGUGUCCGGAUUAUAAUCCGUUCACUUGUCCAUUUUCCUCCAUCUUGCGUUAAUGCUGCGGCCAACAAUAAAGUCGUUCAUUGAGGCCAACAAGGCAUGCUGGGACAUGACAAGUGCUGCCAACACGAGUAAUGAAUUCCAACUGAUGAUUUCAGAUUGAAUGUUGAAAGCUUUUUUUUUUUUGACUGCAAGUUAAUGGGAUCAAAACUCGGUCACAUGUUGCACUUUUUUGACAAUCUGCGUCUUCCUGUUGGUUGAGAAACAGAUCUGCGUUAAAAAACCAUUAACAUCAUGAACAUUCUCAUAUUGUCAGAAUUUGGCAGUAAUCAUUUGUCCUUUUAAGGAGGCUACACAUAGUAGGUGGAGAUGCUGUUGACUGUGACUGGACGAUACAUCACGAUGUUCUUUACCAAAUACCCUGAUGUCGAUAUUUCGAUGGUACUGUAGAGUUGACUACUGCUUUUACAACAUAUUUACCCAAAGAGAUAUUUGAUAAAGGAUCAUCAGUAAUGCGGAUGACUAUGUAGGUAGAGGGCAAAUAACAGAACAGCUCGAACAAUGUGACAACUUUAGAAAAUAAUUUCACUUAAGUGCAAUGCAGACUUUAAAAGUCAGAUUAUGAAGUCAGAUUGGUAACAUUUUAAUAUUGGUUUGUUUACGUGCCAAACAUACGGAAGCUAAUUAAGUGAAGAGAAAAACAGGUCAAAAAGAGAAUCCCUUGUCUGUCUGAUCUUAAUUACUUUAUUUCCCGUUAAUGAUUUAGCAGGUGGAACAAAAAAGUUUUUUUGUCAGGAUAGAAUUGAAAAAAAUGUAAUUUGAUUUUGUUGCAGUAAUAAUCAUUUUUUAAAUACAGAAAAAGGUUCCUGGUCAAAAAAAUACAUUCAGCCCAAAAGAGUAAUUUAUUUGUCGCAGGUGGGAAAAAAAGAAGCAACAAAACCGUUUUAUUCCACCCGUUUCAGUUUAUUCAAGGAACUAAGAUUAUGCUCGCAAACCCUUUUUAUCCACCUGUUCUUCAGAUAAACACAGUAGGCAAAACUAUUGACACCAGACUUAGAAAUGAAUCAUCAAUCGCCUCGAAGGCUUCUCGAAAAAAACCUGAACAAUGAUUUCCCCUAAAGCACGACCGAGCUGAACAAGUAGAACGCUGCAGGAACCCUCCGCUGAGCAUUCUUUUGUUUAGCAGCUGCUCAAGCAAGUGAAGCAGAUGUUCACGUAUGAGAAGUUGUUCAGAACCACAUCAUCACCCUCAUGGGAUCAGAGGUUGACAGCGCCACCUUACUUGUGUGUCAGUUUUUUUAAUAAAGGUGUGUAUUGCUGUCCAAUCAGCCAAUAGCAACAGAAGCCGACACAGACUGGUCAAGGCCUCGUUUAAAAAAGACAGUAGUGAUGCAUGUGACGGGGAUUCAAACACUCCUCCCUGACUUCCUGUCAGCUGUUCUUCCUGUUUAUCAGCAACGCUCACACAGCCAAGUGUAUCUGAUAUAAUUGUAAAGAUAACCUUUCAGGUAAUAAUAUGGGCUCACGUAUCUGAUUUUUUAGUAUACAGCAUAUAUAGAUGUACGAGGGUGUGUGUGUGUGUUUGUCUGAUAAUCUUAAGUGCCUUUUUUGUAUUUGUUAUGUAUAUCUUUAUGGACUGUCUUUCCCAACUGAUUUCCUGUACAUCCUGUUAUUUUGUACAGCAUUUUGAUAUUUACAUUAUUGUUUGCAUUAUAGUCAUAUACAGUAUGAGUAUGAUUAAUGUACAGUAACUGCAGGAAUAAACCCAAUGAGAAGUUGGUGAAGAGGAGAAGGUUCAUAAUAUAUGAUACUUGAAACUGUAUCUGGUUUAGUGAUGAAAAUGUGAUUGGUCACAAUAACCAGACAUUUGCCCUAAAAUGUGAAAUUUGCCACACUUAACUCAAAUAAAAAAAUGUGGAUGUGGAUAAAGAA